AUGAUAAAUCAUAAGAUAAUCUUUUUUACAUUUGAACGAGAUUUAAUAUUACAAUCCGAAAAAGACACUAUAACAUAUUUAACAUUAGAUUCAAUAGGAUAUAUUCUUGUUACUGAUUCACGAGAUAUAACUUGUGUUAAUUGGUAUUUAUUAUUGAAUGAUAAUCGACAUAUUAUAAAUAUUAAUGAUCAAGAUACAACAUCAAUAAUUAUACUAGAAAUGACACUCAAUAGUCAUACUGCUGAAAUAACAUGUGUUUGUGUUUCGUCUGAAUUCGAUCGAUGUUAUUUCGAAAUUUAUGUACGUACAUUACGAUCAACGAAUGCUAGUAAUGGAGAAACAGAAUCAACACUAUCAGUUGUCAUCAGACUUAUCAUUGAAGAUAUGUUUAAAUAA